GUUCCGUUAAGUCAUUUGUCGUCAAUUAAAUUCCCACACAAAGCAAAAGACCGAACCAGACUUGUUAGACCUUCGGAUCCAUGCGCCGUGCCUCUAAAUUGCCAUUUCAAUCGUCUUGCUAUGCCACAUGUUCCGUUAAGUCAUUUGUCGUCAAUCAAAUUCCCACACAAAGCAAAAGACCGAACAAGACUUGUUAGACCUUCGGAUCCAUGCGCCGUGCCUCUAAACUGCCAUUUCAAUCGUCUUGCUAUGCCACAUGUCUUUAUUCCUACGGGUAAUAUCAACAGCAUGAAAGAUGCUAUGAAGUUAAAAGCAGCAUGUUCGCUGAAGGGAGUAGUGUUAGUAACUGAAAAAUUUGAUAUGUUCGAUGGUAAUCCGGCUCCGGUGAGCGACGAGGUCGAUGUCGCACAGGAUCCAGUGGCUGCAAGGCACAUGGAAAACGAUUUACCCGUGAUGAACUUUACCAUUGCUUCAAUACGCAAGAAACCCCCGAUGCCAACAGAAGAUAUCAAACAGCGUUUAAAACCGUUCGGAAUCAUCUCAAAGAAGAGGAAGAACAAACAAAAAGAUAAAAAUUUGAUCAGUUAG